CAGUUUAGUUGCGGACUUCAAUGUAUUAAAAACUAAUUGCGGAAUCAAUUAAAAAUUAUUGAUUAUUUUGUUAAAUUUCGUUCUACCUCAGUUGGCAUUAAUUGCAUAUAACAAACCAAAUGGCACCACAUUGGGAUGAACCGCAUCAUCAUCACCACCACCACCACAACCGUCCUAUUAUUGAAGUAGAUAUUGUGAGUCCUUUUGCUCGACCUCCACCACCACCUCGUGUCACUACAGAAGUAAUUAUUGCUCCACAACAAAGACCAACAGAAAUUGUAUAUGUAGCACCAUCCCAGCCACGUCCACCACCACAACAAGAAGUUGUUGUUGUAUCUCAAGAAUAUCAACCAGCUCCAGAACAUUGGGAUAAUCGUCCACGCUGGUAAUCAAUAUAUUGAAGAAAUCAUACUUCCAAUUUAUAAUAAUUUAAAAUAAAAAAGUAAUUUAAAUUA